UGGCGGGUAAAAUAUCUCCAAGGUUUGUAAUUUGUCUUUCUUCUCUAAUUUAUUUGUAUUUGGAUAUUUAUCCAGUUCAUUCUUUGUCUAAUCGUUGAGGCCUAUAAUACCCAGCCUAGACCCAUACCUGUCAGACUCAUAAGCAGCAAGUUAUCAAAAAUGGAGUGGCUUGGGCAUGCCAAGAUUGGCUUCGUUACCUCCCCUGAACCUCUCCAGUUUAAGACGAAAGAUGGAGAAGAAACAGAUUUGCUUCGGAUAGUUGAGAAAUCGACACCGCCAUGCCGAUUGAACCCGUGGCUAUUCAAUGGCCAUCUUCAGACAGCCAUGACUGUCCUCAAGCCAGAGGGCCCACCCGUUCAUUAUAAGCGGAAGAUUUUUGAUGCCGAGGACCCUGCAUAUGAGGGAAACUUUGCCGUCGAUUUUAUUGUUCCACCUUUUGAAGGCGCAGAAGAAGGCCUACCUCCCCGAACCAUAUAUUAUGACAAACAGGAGCUUCAAGAACUCGAAGCUGGGUCGUUGGACAAUCGUCCCAUGAUUGUUGCUCUUCAUGGCCUUUCAGGGGGGUCCUUUGAAAUCUAUUUACGUCAUGUGCUGGCACCUUUGAUGGACAGCAAGGGGUGGGAGGCAUGCUGCAUCAACUCGAGAGGUUGUGCAGGGCAUAUGAUAUCGAGCAGCAUCCUUUAUAAUGCGAGAGCAACAUGGGAUACGCGGCAGGUGGUGAAGUGGCUCAGGCUGAAAUAUCCGAACAGACCCCUUUUCGGAAUAGGGUUCUCACUUGGUGCCAACAUCCUUACAAAUUACAUUGGAGAAGAAGGAGAGUUGUGCCAAUUGAAGGCGGCUGUUGUGAUUUCAAACCCUUGGAAUCUCGAACUUGGAAGUAUGGCUCUGCAACGAACCUGGAUGGGCAAAGAAGUCUACUCCAAAGUGAUGGCCGGCAACAUGAAGAAAUUAGUAGAGCGCCAUGCUGAGCAAAUUGAAAAGCACACCAAUAUCAACAUGGACCGUGUUAGGAAAGUCACGUAUUUGCACGAGUUCGACAGAGAAGUUCAAGGCCCGACAUGGGGAUACCCAACAGAAGGGGCUUACUACAGAGAUGCCUCCUCUGUCGACUCACUUCUGGGAGUUCGCAUCCCCCUCCUUGCAAUCAACGCCCAAGAUGACCCAAUCGCCAUUGACGAAGCCAUCCCAUACGAAGAGUUCAAGCAGAACCCGUAUACAGUCCUGUGUACCACGUCGUUAGGGGGGCAUCUUUCUUGGUUUGAAACCCUCAGCGACGGAGACCGCUGGCACGCCAAACCGGCUGUCAAUUUCCUGAACAGCAUGGCCCUCGAUGUAGAUAUGGAUUCGAUGAUCCCACGCAAGGUGAAUGUCGGCGUGGAGACCGCCAAUGGACACUCUCAGUUUACACCUAUGCGACGAAAGCUCCACGUCCAGGGAGCAUAGGCAAGGCUCAACCCUCAAGAACAAUGGGCGGCGGCUCUGCAUUCAAACCCCGUGCACGAAGACGUUAUACUUAGAGAUGGUAGACAUGGACCCCCUGUUUAGGGAUAAUAGAUAGGAGGUCCAUUUCCAAAACGAUAGCAUGGAAUGGGCUGCGUUAGAGUUGGUUGGUUUGUUUUGCUCCAAGCGCUUUAUAACUUUGCAUACGGAACUUGGAUGUGCAUUAGAUAGAUAUAGACGGAGUUUUCAAUAAUCAAUCAUAAUUGUCAAG